ACACGCAUAGCUCUUGUCGUGCUUCAGUACGUCACCUUAUUUUGAUUUUUAAGCGUUACAAACAAUUUUUCAACCACUUACCCCCAGAGAAAAGAUGCCAGUGAAGGCAAUAUUUAAGCCGUAGCCGAGUUCUCAGAAGCAAUGUUCAGCUGCGUUAUUCAUGGGUAUAGUCUGUUCCUGCAAGAGUGACAGAACUUGCCGGGCUGAAAGUUUACUUCGGGUUGAUCAUGGUUCCAUCGAAUUUAGACAUCUGCACUCAGGGUAAGUGAAAAAUUUUCAAAAUCCCGUUAAUUCCAGGCAUGUUGAAAUGGUUUUUCUUUUGAGAGAAUUUUUUCAGAGCAUCCAGACAAUUUGAAAAACGCUGAGACAAUGAUGAUUUACACAGUAUUUGUACUGUUGGACCGUGCUUUGACAUAUUUUCAAAACAAGCAAUUAUCCAAUCACAUGUGUAAUGUUGCCAUAUACAUUUGUUUCUAGAUAAUUUAGUUGGGACCUUUUGCAUAAUUUUAAGGGCAGAGGGAUUGUUAGGACUUUGCCGGGGGGAGAUAGAGGAAGAUACAAGGUACAAGGAGUCUAUUAUGACCAGCGGCAUUAGAACGUGGGUUACGCAAUGUGGCGUGAUGUCAUGGUUCCUGGUCUUUGCUGACCUAACAUUAACUCCAAAUGAUAAUUAGUCUGGGCAGGAAAGCUUUAUUAUAGUGAAUCUUUUAUGUGCAGGUAGUUAGAUUUCUUUCACUUUCUUUUCACAAAGAUCUCCGAUCAUUCGUGUCAGACUUGCUGUACCAUCUUGUCACGUGAUCAUGUCUCGUUCCACUGAUGAGGAUUUCGCUUUUGUGGAUAUUCCGUCGGAAAAUGUGACUAUGCCGGACGGACAAGUUUGCGCCGACCAUUUUAGAGGAUGGCUGUUAAAGUGGACAAAUUACAUCAAAGGGUAUCAGAAGAGAUGGUUUGUUCUCUCAAAUGGGCUUCUGUCGUACUACAGGUAUGGAUUUUUAGACGUGUUAUUGCCGGAAAUUCAAAAUGGCGGACGAGCUUGUCAAUAUUGUGGGAGUUUCUGUUCUUUGUGAAGGAGGAACUUUUCUUUUGUAUUUCAGAAGCCAGGCCGAGAUGGCUCAUACUUGUCGAGGGACAAUAAACCUUGCGGGCGCUUUCAUCGACGCGGAAGAUUCGUGUAAUUUCGUCAUUUCUAAUGGGGGAACACAAAUCUUUUACAUGAGAGCAAACUCUGAAGUUGAACGGCAAAGAUGGGUUACAGCGUUGGAGCUAGCCAAAGCGAAGGCCAUCAAACUGCUGGAAUCAGGUGUGAUUAUAUGUUGGGUAUUUUAUAACGAUAAAGGUGUUCGUGUAUCACUUGUAACACUCAGGCUUAUCGACUUUAAGCUUAUCCUUUACGGUAGCAAAAUGCAAAUUAGCUAAAAAUAAGAAAGAUCUGUUACAGUAGCAAUCAUGGGCAAUAGAUUGAUCUUAAACGUGUAAGCUAAUUUUGAUUUAUAGCAUUUUUGAUUUUGAUGGGUUUAUUUCUGUGUGGAUUAUUAGCUUUCCAUGUGCUUUUACACAAGUAAGGUUCUCUUCAACCGCUGAGAAUUCUUUGCGCGGAUAUAAUUGGCUGUGAUUACGAGUUGCAUACCUUACCUUUUCAUGCGUGAUACAUUUUUUUCAAGGCGGUCUAUUUGAAUUGUCACGUUGAAAAAUAGUUGAAUAAACCUUGUUAUUUGAUAAAAGUGUGAAUAAAAUUGAAUUGAGGGACACGUACAUUCACUUACCAAUUAUGCAAGUUGCUAUAUUGCAUCACACCUAAAUUAAUCUAAAUCAUAUGAUAGGAGAAAUUUCAUAACACUGUAAAGUGACAGAGUUUGAAGAGAUUAUUUUAGGUGUAUGCAGCACAUAUGACUUUGAUAGUGUUUACAAAAAAUAUUAAUGUAAGCAUAACGAGGAAGACUCAGGUGCAUAAAACAGCUGCAAGGAAGCAAGCAAAGGUUUUGAUCAUUUAAUCCUACCUUCUGAUUAGUCUGCCACACAGACGUUUUUAGUGUUGUCAUGCAACGCUCUUCCCCACAAACGGUUGCUGAGAAUCAAACCACAUUCCUUUCCCUUUGUGUUUGUGGUCUAACGAACAAACCAAUCAUGUGUGAGAAACUUGACUAUAUGUGAGCCACAGAGCGCUAGGAAACGAACAGGUUUUACAGUUUUCGACAAAUCAAUCAAUCAUCGCUGAAUUUGGACAGGCUCUAAAGGCUUCUGCCUAAGAAAAUUUGUGGGAGCCCUUUGGGCUCCAAAAAUAAAAAGUUUUGAGCUUGAGCCACAUUUCUAGGAGCCCACUGAUUGACAAACUUCAGAUUACUAGGGUAUAGAUAGUACAGAGUCACCCAACGACUGUUUUCUGUAAAUAUCUGUUCGGAGAAGCAAAUAUUGCCUAGAAUUUUCUAUUGCUUGAGGAUGGCUAAAAAUUUCUAGAUGACCAUUCCAUUCAUGUUCAUGUAUUCAAAGCUUAUCUAAUAAAUUCCCUUCGAUUUUCUGAAGUUUAAUUUUUCACAUUUCACUCCUCCUGGUUAGGCUAUUUUUCGUAGAAAAAAGGAAACCUAAAAUUUUCAGUGUCAAAAAUGUGAUGGAAAGAGGGCUCAGAAAAAUUCUGACUUUUGUAAUACAUUGAUUGCAUCUAAGUUUUUUUGAGAAAAUAAUCCUGAAGCCCUUGUAAUUUUGAAAAGACUCAAAUUCUCCUAGGAUGACUGAACAGAUACAAGUUUUAUAGUGCCGCUUAGAAUGCAUUUCUAGAGAUCUAAAAGUACUCUGGAUAGCCUCCAUGCCUCCUUGUGGAGGCGUGUGUGGCCGAAUGGUUAACACCUCAAACUCUGGAUCUGGAGAUCCGGGGUUCAAGCCUCUCCCGUCACAUUGUUUCCUUAGACAAGGAACUUUACUCCACUUUGUCUUCUUCACCCAGUUUUAUAAAUAGGUAGCGGCGACAUACUGAUGGGGGGUAACCCUUUGAUGGACCAGCAUCCUGUCCAGGGGGGAGUAGCAAUACCCCUAGGCAUGCAUCAUGCUAAUGAAACCGGGAUAAGCUCUGGCUUUUUGGGCCUUUGGCUCGUGUGCGCCUUUACCUUUUACCUUACCUCUGGAUAUCCUAAAAAGUGUUUUCAGUUUAUUAAGGCUGGAAACCAUUGUUGGGUGCCCCUGAUAGUAGCAUAGUUAAGGUUCAUCUGAAAAGCAAGGGCCAAUCUCCUUUUUUACUGUUUGUAAAUGUCUUUUUGUCAACCUCGCUUAAGGUGCUAGAGGUUUUUUUACCUAAUUGUAUUUGGAGAAUGGACCUCUGGAGCCAGGGUACCUAUCCUUAGUUUUAAUUUAAUAGUUUACCAGGAUUACGUUAUCGACAGCGUCUCUAUCUCCUUUGCUGUAAGGAACUCUAUGCACAUGUCUUCAAUAAAUCACGUCAAUUGAAAUUCGAGUCCCGAGUUUCGUGAAACCAGCAUUUUUGAAUAUUCAUCACUCAAAAGGAUUUCAAGAAAACUAUCUAUUUCUCGGGAAAAAUUACAUAACCGUUCACAUGUUCAGUAGCUCGCACUGACCGACAGUGUUCACAUGUACAAUUUAGCAAAGUUAAGUCAAAGUUUCUAGGCGAUAAAAAAGGAACAACAAAAGGUUUUUUUAUCUUGAAUUUUGGAAAAUUUACUCUGUAUUUUUGUAUAAAGUCUAUCUUUUGAACUAUAAAAAAUGUUUUUAUUUUUGUUGCAUAACGUAUGAAGGUAUGUAUUUACAUUCGUCGCGUGUGACGGUCUGAAGAGAUUGAAAUACUGUAGUAUGAUCUGAAAUAGUUGCCGUGAAUCUUUCUCAAAAACUGUAAUGUUUUUGUGAGCCUAUCAAAAAUUACCACGAAACGUACAACAAAAAAUAGAAAAGCAUAGAAUAAUGAAUAAAUAAUAUAAGAAAUCUCCGACUGUAUCGUCCAUACCAAGAUAGAAAACAUUGUUGAUCUAUGUAGAUGCAAGUAAAAUUUGCAUAGGUCACGUGUAAUUUGAAACCUCUUGCUUUUUGCAUGCAUCGCAACUUUAAAAACAUACCAAAGCAACCUAUAAACAGUUCCAGAGGCAAAAUGCGGGGGAAAAAUCAUGAUUUUGAUCCGGAAAGAUUUUCUAAGACCAUUAAAUUCAUUUGAGAUAAUUUUGAGACAAGAAACUUGAAUUAUUUUAAGUAUGGUCUCAAAAACUCAGAUCACCACUUUUUAGAGGUUUACAAUGCUUUAAUCAUUUUCUAACUUUUCUUCGUAGGUCUCAUUUGGAGCCCUGUUUCAGAGAGAUUUUUAUUUUGGUCUUAAAUAAAUUAUUUAGAAUACCAGUAUUGUGAAGAUCUUUUUUAAGAUGAAAAAAAAAUUAUUAUGCUGUCAAUCCUCAAGCUUCUGUGUAGAUUCCUAACUCAUCACCUCAGAAAAUCUGAAAUGUUGAUGGUAGAAGCUGUUCCUUAGCAACCAAAUUCAGUUCUUGGCUUUUGGUCAUCCAAUCAUAGAGAAGGACACCACUUAAAUGUGUUUUUUUGUGUGAUGUAUUCCUUGCUGGUACCAGAAAUAUUAUGAAGGAGACCUGUCUCCCUGCUUGAAGUGAAAUCUAUUCUAGAUUUAAGAAGUCUGUACUAAAAUUCUUGGAGUAUUAAGGGAGUAACCAGGAUACCAAAUGAUAUAAAAUUCAAGGCAGGUCUAAUAUUUUAAUACUUGUUUACAAUACACAUGUCUCAGGUAAUUUGCAUAGGUCUUAGCAGAGUAAAUUGAGGACAGCCAUUAAUUCAGUUGGCAAAGUCCAGGCUGGUUUGUGGCAGAGAUGUGGUUUUCUUACCAGCAGGCCGGGUACACAAACAUCUGAAAUGGUUUACUGCAGAUGUGGCUAACAAAGAAGUAGUUUUUGAGAAGUCAUCAACCAUCCAACAUUGUAAACCUGAACAAAAUGCUAUGGCUGUUUGGUUCCUGUAUUAUAAGAUGACUUUUGCACUUCUGAGGCCACUGCCAUUUUUAUGAUAUCACUGUAAAUCUCAAAACUGGUGACUAUAUAAAUGGAAAAGAAAACAUUUUGACCUCAAAUAACACUAGCAAGUUUUGAUAUUGUUGUUUUUUUUAUCUUCCUGCUGUCUUUCUAAAUAAUGGACAUAGCAAGAGAAGGUAGGUUGCUUUUUCUGCAAAGUAUAUAAAUAAUGGAUACGUUGUUCCUAAACUCCUUGUUAUGGCUGUUUACUUAGUGUAAGAAUCAUCUUGUAGUGGUUCAUGUAUUCUAUCUGUGGUGGCCAGUCUGUCUUAGCAGGUGCCUGUUGAAUAGUUAACUUGAUUCACACCAAUGCUACAUUUGUUUACUUUUUUUGCAACUAAAUCCUACUUUAAGUGUAGUUUCUUGUUAAUAAUAAUAUUUUUAAACUGCCUGUUUGUUUAUUUAUCCCCCUUUAUUUUCUGUUGUUGAAUCUCUAUUUGGGGGAAAACAUGCAAAUUAAUGCAAAUAUAAAUCUUGUAUAUGUAGUGGAUUGCAGCCAUUUUCGGUAGAUAUUUGUAGAUCCUUAAGUCAUGUCUCUUGUCUGUAUAAACUUCCCAGCCCACUUGUUCAUGUCAUCCAGAAGUUGGAUGUGUAUUGGAUUUAAAAUUUUGCUAGAUGGGAAAAAAACCAAUGUGUAUCAAUGGAUUCUUCUGAGUGCAACAUGGGAUGAAUUAUUAUUACAUGUAUCAUUUUAUUUUUGUUACUUGUGAUGUUUUUGUGGAGAUUGUCAAAACGGAAAUCCCAGAAAAGUAACUGUGCAAUUGCACACAGUAACAAUGAGAGAGAACACCUUGGACCAGAUUGCAUGUUGUACCAUAAAAGAGGCAUUUUAGGUAAAUUUAUACCUUAAAUUGCACAAUUAUUUAUUAUUUUUUGUCAGAGUUAAGCCAAGAUAAUCACCUCAGCUCAGCCUCUGUGGCAACUUUCCAUGUCUGUAUAUCACAAAGCUUUUUCCUUAGUCUUAGUUGUACCCACUCAGUGAAAAAAAUGAUAUAAAAAUAAGUUAUUUCUUGGACAGUACUCUUUGACAGCAAUCACUUUUGUGAGAAAAUGUUUUGUACUAGUUAUGCUCAGAUGGUUAUUUUUGGUAUGUGACUUAAAGCACCAACUUGCUUUAAUACUCAUUUUGUUAAGUUGUCUUUUUUUUUGUUAUUUCAAAAUUUUGAGUACACUGUUUUUUUGCUUUUUGUAUUUAUAUAGACUGAUGCCCAUGUACUACCUAAAAUUGGUUGGUUGCAUUUGUUUUAUUUUCUGAGACCAGUUGUUCAAAAGAUGGAUAAGGUUAUUCAUGAAUAGUGCAGUUGAUGUCUCUAAUACUUAUCCGCUGGAUAGUGAUUUAUCCAGUGGAUAGCAAUAUCCACUGGGUCUGUUACAUACCUUUUGCCGGUUUUUAGCUUUUAUUACUUAAGGAUGUGCAUAGUGUAGAAACAAGUAUUGUGGGCACUUUGAUAUGCAAAUGUGUCACACAUUCACUCAGACAUAAAGGCUGAUUGGUCCCAAACUUGAGAGCACCUGAUAUCAAAAUGACAACUGUUGUAGACUGAUUGUGCAUAUGCAAAGCCAAAUGCUUAGUGCUACUGCCUCAAUCCCAGCUGGUGGUCUUUCUUGUUAAGAUAACUUUAUGUAUCACUAAAUUAAAAUGUCAGUAAGUUGAUUAAGGGCGCUGAAUUAGCCAUGCAGACAAGUUAUUUUGAAAAUAUUUAUAAAAUUAAUUCUAGUUUUUCCACAAAAUUUCUCCUAAACCCAUGCAUGCUAUUUAACAGUUAUUCCUCGAGCCCAAAUGGGCUCUGAGUCAAUAGCACAUUCGGCCUUUCGCCUCAUGGACUAUUGACUCAGAGGCCAUAGGGGUGAGAGGAAUAAUUGUUUUAGUAAAAUCCAACUAGUUGGUUAAAAAUGUCAAGACAAAACAACUUUAGCUAGCAAAACGCGAUUCAGCCGCCAUUGUUUUGGUUUUCAAAGCCGGCACUUUUCGCUACUAGUGGGCAGCCUAUAACAUAUAGCCUACUAGUAACUCAACCAAUUAGAACGCAGCAUUGAUAAUAGACCACUAGUUGGAUUUUACUAAUCAGGAAUAGACUGAUCUACCUAAGUAAUUCUGAGGAGUGGAAUUCUCUUUGAAACAGGGGUGACAUGGCUACCCAGAUCUGACAAUCGUUAAGCACUCUUCUGUGAGUGCAAUCUUCAAAAUUGUAAACCUUAAAUAGAGCGAACACUACCUCUUAUGCAAAAAUCCUUUAAUUUAUUUGAAUUUUAUUUUUCUCCACUUAGCAUUAAUUACAAACACUAUUAAUUACGGAGAAUGAAAUAAUGCUAAGUUGGAGAGGGGUACAUCUAGGUAGACUAAUAUUCUGCCUCUUAGUAAAAUUGUAUAUUAUGACAAAGAAAAAUACAGUAUAGAUAUAUACUUAAGACAGCAGAACAGACAUAUAUAUAAUAUUAGUACUGAGAAGCAUAAUAACUUGUCAGUGCACAUUUAAAUUCUUUUUUUCGAAGAGAAGCAAUGUUGUUCCAAAAAUAUUUACCACUUGUACUUGGUGAAAAUCUCCUUAGGUUUGCACGAAAAGAUUUAAUAACUAGAUGAUCUAAUAAUGCACUACGAGUUUGAUAAGUAUGCUGCUCACGGAAAAAGUUGGAACUUUAUUAUCAUUUAAGUUUGGCAACAUUUUGGAAAGAGUGGAGAGUGUUUGAUUUCAGCCAUCUAAUUUGAUUUUUAAAAUUUUUUAGAUGAGGAAGAAGAAUCUAACAAUGACCAGGCUGAGGACAUCAAGCCACUGAAUACAAAGCUUGAUGACCUUCAGACUUGCAAUGAUCUUGUAGGAAAACAUGGCUCUGCGUUGCAGCGAGCAGUUGUUGAACUUCAGGAAGUGGAAGAUAAUUCUACUCUGUUCACUAAGCUUAAACUGGUGAAUGAGAAAGCCACUCUUUUUCGGAUAACUGCAAAUGCCAUGAUCAGUGUGAGUAAGCCAUGACACUUGUAUUGUUUCUUGCCUGAUUUCUCCUUUUCCAACUUUUCAGAUUAACAUUUUUAUCCCCUAAAGUGGCUUAAGGAAAAAUUUAACAAAAUUUAUCAAACUUCAAUUUUUAAAAUGCUGAAUUACAAAGCACAAGCAGACAAAACUAAAGAAUCUUUGAUUCACUGCAGUACUUUCGAUGGUGGCGCCAAGGCCAAACAAAUUAAUACUGUUUGUUUUUAAGUCUCAAAAGAUGUUUGUUUGCAUUUUCUAUGGUCAGUUGAAAGCAAAACAACCCUUUUUAUUUAAUUUAACCUCAGUAUCCUUACAUACAAAUUCCUUACCAAACUGAACUCCAUACUGUUUCUGAUUCUUUUGCAAAGAUUUAGUGGACAUCACUAAGAAUUUAAAAUAAAACAUUUCAAGGCAUUUUUUCUUUAGACGUUUAGUAAUUAUAUGAUCAUUUUUCAUAUUCCAUCUCAACUUUUUGAACUCUUUCUUGACAAUGUAUGGAAAAAAUUAAAGUCUUGCUAGCCUCUUUGAUACUGUCUCUGUAUCCCUCGCAGAUUUUUUGGUUGGGAAAACACUGCAUUUGACAAAAGAAUCGUUUCAAAACGUCACUAUUGGGACUGAACAUGGGUUAACAAAAUUUAUCAAACUUCAAUUUUUAAAAUGCUGAAUUACAAAGCACAAACAGACAAAACUAAAGACUCUAAAGCCAAACAAAUUAAUACUGUUUGUGCUGCCAAAGAUCUCUCAUUUGAAUGGUCAGGACUCAUAAGUUGUGAUGGCCUUUCAAAACUCCACCAUCCACUCUAGGACUAAAAGGGGUUGAAAAUUUUGUGGUUAACAUAAGAUGGAAAUAACACAUCUGAAAUAAAAAUGAACCUCUUCUGUCAGUUAUCGUGUUGAAUUAAAUUUUACUCUUCUGAUCAAUGGUGAGUUGAAAAUUUUUGGUAAUUGUGUAAUGACAAAAGGACUCUUGUAGUCCAUUAGAAGUUCCUUAGCCCGGGCUGAUCUGGGGGUGUUAAUAGUAGUAAUUUAAUAGUACUAUAUGUUCCUCUUUGUUCACCAGGCUUGUGCAGAAUUUUUGGAACUAGCUCAGACACAGGAAAAGAGGUGGCAAAAGAGUCUGCAGCUUGAACGUCAACGACGAGUGACCCUUGAAGAGACAGUUGAAGCUCUUGCAAGACAACACAACACGCUGGAAAGGGCAUGCCGCAAAAGCACAGGUGCAAACUUGGCUGACAUGCCUGGUGUGGAACUUGGUCGUGACAGUGAUGAAGAAGAGGAAGCAGUUGAAGAAGAAGAUGAUGAAAAUGCAGAAUUCUUUGAUGCUAUAGCAGAGCACCCUGAGGGCUUUACAAUAGCAGUUAGCAAAAGCCACGAGAGUUUACAAAGUAUAAGCUCUGACACUAGCAUGGAGCUUGAAAGUGCCAGUAAAUUAGGCACUAACAAAGAAGAGGCUAGUGAGGAUACUGCUGCUACUGAAACAACUACUGAUGUAGUAUGUGCAACAGGCAAAGAGGACUCGCAAAUAUCUGCCAGUGAUGAUACAAAUGCAGGUUUAAAGAUAGUCACAGCUCCUUUCACAGUGGAAGGUUCUUUUGGAGUGUCUUCCGUGAGUAUCAAUAAUCUUGGUUCCAGAAAUAAGAAUAAGUCAAUCACAAAUGACAUCAAAGCACCAUUUCUUUUUUAUCCACUUAUAUUUUGAUCACAGUAAGUGAUCUUCAGGGUGACUGAACCAACUGUUAAUAUUCAACACUGUUUAAAUUGCUGCAUUGUCAAGGUAACACGUGUGCAAACAAACACUUCCUUUUUUGAAAAAUGUUAUAGUUUUAGUAAGAGUAGUGAUUGACUUCCCCGGAAAGAAUAUUUGCAUACAAAAUGUGCCCAGUUCUACAUACUGUAUGGCCAAGUGGGACAGGCCCCGUUACCUUUCAGUUCCCUGUGAGUGGAACAGUCUAGCCUUGUCAGUCUUGUUUUAAAAAACUCAGAUUUGGCUAUAAUAUGGGCUUUUUUACCACGCAGGAUUAGCUCAGUCGGUAGAGCACUUGACUGCAGAGGGAAAGGUCGUGGGCUCGAUUCCUGGGGCGGGACCAUGACGCAGGGUCUUAAAAUAACUGAAAAAUGGAGGAACACCCUUUUUACUGCAAGUGGCGAGACCUUUGCGUGGCUCAGAUGACCACAUAAAUUGGCGGUCCUGUCUCCAGUAGGAGAGGUAAAAAUAGUGUCCCCAUUUAGCACUUUCAUGCUAAAUACAUUGACACUGAAAUAAAGUGCAGUUUUUACAAGUGAAGUAUGCCAAUGAUUUUUAAUUACAUUUUUAGCAAUCAACAGACAAGCUUGUGACGAAGUAUUACAGAAAGAAGAUACCAGACAAACCAGAUAUUAGUAUUAACCUCUGGAGUAUUAUGAAGAACUGUAUAGGAAAAGAAUUGUCCAAAAUACCAAUGCCUGUGAGUAUUGGCUAGUCAUUUGUUGCCUUUUCUAUAUUUUGACUAAUACACUAAAAGUGAUGAAGAGAUGCAGUGUACAAAAUAACGUUCUGAUAGUGUCAGCAGUGUUUGUAAUAAUAACAUUUGCCCUCCUUGUGAAAUAGCUUCCUCUUCCGAUAGGUGACUCUUUGCUGACCGAUGUUGUUGUUGCAUAUUGUUUUUAGAGAAAAGGCAAAAUGCUAAAAUCAUGAUUGCCUUCAACAGCUAAAACAGGGUUCCUAGUCAGCAGCCUGUGUAAUAUUUAACUCUUUAUAACUAGAAUUUAAGGAAAAUCAGAGACUGCAAUAUUUCUGGCUAGCAAAGUUGUUAAUGAUCCCAUAAUUCUUUGUUAAAUUUGCAGUUUUUAGAUUGCUUACUACAAGGAAUAUUGGGUAAUAAUGUUGUAGUAAAUGUUUCAGAGAGAGCUCUAUUACUUAUUGUGCCUUGUUUUUUCAAAAUAUAUUCAAAAUUGGCAUUACUGUAACUCAAUUAAAAAAAAAGUAGCAUUCUAAUGAGGAAAAAUAUUAUUGAAAGCAAAGAGUUAUCUAUUAUGUGCAGUUUCAAGGCUCUCAAUGACUUUUUGGGGGCAGGUUCAGCUGGGAUAUAAUGAUAAGCUAGUGACAUUAGCAUUAAUGUAUGCACAUAAAGAGCAGAAUUGUAUUUUCAUUUUGCUACCAUAUUGUAUCCAGCUGUCAUUUCUUCAGUUAUCAUGAUAGUUUGUUCACACUGGCUGACAUUUUCCUUGCAAAAUUUAAGGUCAAAGUAAACUCAAGAUUGCUUUGUGGCCUCACUCUUGCAUAAGCUUAAGCACAGAAAAAACAAUAUUGCAGUAGUAACUGCUGUUCAUUACCGCUUACCGCUUACAUUGAAGGAUAUUACAUGUUAGUCUGUUUGUGCAGAAAAGAAGACUUUAAUGAAUUGUAUUCAUAGCUGUAAGAUUGGGAGCUUAUACAGUACACUAUACUAAGUAUCCCUCUCAUCUGGUUUGCAGGUUAAUUUUAAUGAACCCAUUUCUAUGCUUCAAAGACUGACAGAAGAGUUAGAAUAUGCACAUCUUUUAGACAAGGCAGCGGCUUGUGAGUCUUCCACAGAGCAAAUGUGUUAUGUUGCAGCAUUUACAACAUCUUCUUACUCUACUACUGCUGCAAGGACAUCGAAGCCAUUCAACCCAUUGCUUGGUGAAACAUUUGAAUUUGACAGAACAGAAGAUUUAGGAUGGCGGUACCUUGCUGAGCAGGUGAAUUAACUUUGCUGUUGCUUUAAGUUGACUUGCUGUAUUUGUAGUGGAUAAAUUACAUAAUAUAUUUUAACAUAAAGUCAAGAUGAAGCCUUUUAGACCAAACUAAAUUUUCAUCAUACUUUUUGCUGGUUGACCACCACCCAAAGGCAGGAGAUAACAUGGCCGAGUGGUCAGUGCAACAGACUUCCAAUCCAGUGGACCCAGUUUCUAGUCCUGCUCCAGUCACCUGCUUUAUUUGUUCUUGGUCAUUCUGAAUUCAAAUCCUCAGCCUAGCUUGUAAAUAUCCAAAUGUUUGCCUCCUGCCAGUUGGGGUUUUUAAUCCUGUUAAAAUAUUUUAUUUGGAUUAUUAUUUUUUGUUGUUAAUUAUUUUACUGAAACAAAAGAAAGCGUUUGCAUUAGUUUUCCCAGAGGAUUGGUCUGGGACACCAACAUGGCCGCCGUUUCAUUGUUUUGGGACACCAAUAUGGCCGCCGUGACGUCAUGUGAAAACACUCUAUUGUUUUAGUGUAGUGCCUGUAAACUAGCUGGAUAUGCUAAAUGCAUUUUCCACCAUAAACAAGCCACUAACCUUUUUUAACCCUACUUAAAAAUGUUGUUGCAUGAAAUUUGCUGCAAACAACAUUAUUUUGGGGCAGAGGGAGGGGUGUAAAAUCUGUACUCUUGGGUUGAAUGAAAAGUGUCUAACAGCAGGGUCCGAAAAAUCUGUUCUGGCGACCAGAAUUUCUAACUUUGUCAUUGUAAACUUUCACGUGAUUAAAAUUGAAACCUGAAAUUUGUUUACUUUUUGUCCUGUGAUAUUUGUUUAAUUUAAAAGUAAACGAAUCUUCCUGUAAAUAUACCUUCAAACAGCUAGUUAAGUGCCAAGGGGGAAGUUUUGCUCUCUGGCGACCAAUAAUUUAUACUUGCUCGCCAGUUGGCGCCCACAUUAAAAAGUUAAUUUCGGACCCUGAACAGUUAAGUCUGCAAUUUUAGCUUCCACCACAAAGGGGGAAGUGAAUGUUACCACAUUAUAAUUGUACACUUGCAGGGUUGUUAGAAAGUUUUGAAGUAGAGGUCUGAGUCGUCAAAGUAAGCGGCCAGUCCAGGGAUUUUGUAUUUAAAAAUCGUCAUCCAAAAAGAAAUGUGAAUGCAACGAUUUUUGCCAGCAGCCGGCUGCUUUUGACAACCCUGCAAUUGUGUUGAAUUCUGUGCAGUGAUGGAGAGUGCUAUUACUUUGUCUUAAAUAUUGACCACAGGUGAGCCAUCAUCCGCCUGCAUCAGCCCUUCAUGUUGAACAUAAAGACUGGACCUUCUGGCAGGAAUUCGCCCUCACCAGCAAAUUCCGUGGCAAGUAUCUUCAGGUCAUACCACAUGGCACUGCUCAUCUUAAGUUUACCAAGACUGGCUACCACUACUCAUGGAAGAAAGUCACAACUACAGUUCACAACAUUAUUGUUGGAAAGCUUUGGAUUGAUCAGGUGCGACCAGAAACCUUUAUUAAAAUUUAAACUUAAAUUUUAUGCCAGUGCUGCUAAUAUAUUGAUUAGCGAUUCAUGAGUAGAUUAACAUGAAAUCAAUGAAAUUGGGAAAACAGUAAGCUCAUUUUUCAAGUUGUUACAAAUGUGAAGUCCUUUUGCACUUUAUAGACUGUUUAUAGACCAAACCAAUUGCGUGUAUACCAGUGUAGUGUACAGAAAGUGUUCACCAUAGAGGGUGCAUCAAUCAGUCAAUCAUUCAACAAAUUUAUUCAACCUACGCUAGCCACACACAACAAAAGCUGAUUUCCAGGUGGGGCGUAGGCAAACACACCUGGCAAAAACUAGAAGCAGUAUGGUGUUCACCUGCAGUGCAAAAUGUGUAUUUUCCAGAAAAUAUCCAUACCCCCCCACCCCACGAAGGGUAAUGGAAACUCAGAGGGGGGGUCCAAAGAGAGUCAAUUUCUGAGGCGAUGGGGGUGGCUUCACAAGUCUUUUUUCCGGGGGCUCCAAGUAAGAUUGAUGAGCAAGCUUAGCUAUCAGUUAUUUUACCGUUAAUUGGUGUUUCAAAGUAAAAAUUAUUGUUUUCAUUGAUGAUCUUUUAUUUGCGGUCGGCUGGGUGCUUUUUUCAUGACUUGCUUUGAUGCGGUGUGGGGGGGGGGGGUAUGGAUAUUUUUUGGAACUACACAAUGUUACAAAAUUUCAGAAAAUAAUAAUUUUAUUAAUAACGUAGAAAUUUUCACAGCACGGCUACAACGUGAUCUAACGUACAGUAAUUCACCGAAUUUGUAGGGAAAUCUCUGUCCUGUUUCAUCAAGACUAAGUAGAAUUAUUUUGCCAGAUAUUCUUCGUCAAAACUUUCAUAUAGUUACUUUAAUUAUUAGUGAAAAGAGAAAAGUCGCACAAAAUGCAAUCAGAUGCCAAGAAAAGACUUUGAACAGUAAAGGGUGGUUAAGAAAGUCCUUAUUUUUGAGAAGUUGACAAAAAUGCUUGAAAAGCAUUACCUACCAUUUACUCCCGCUCUGCAUUCACUCCUGUGUAUAUUGGUUACCCCACUAAAAAGGGCAUUAAAAAAUUUGUUGUUUCAAAUUGCAUCUAAACUUGUCAGUGUCGUUUUGUACAAGCAAAGCCUGUAAAUACUAUCCUUUGAAGCACAACAUUUUUGCAUGUUAUGUUUGACAAAAUCUUGAAUUAUGUUUGCAUUUGUUGUUGUAGUCAGGUGAGAUGGACAUUCAAAAUCACACAACAAAAGACGUUUGUCAUCUCAAAUAUGAUGCUUACAAUUAUUUUGGAAGAGAUACUCCUAGAAAGGUAGGUGGCAUACAUACAUACAUACAUACAUAAACUUUAUUUAUCCUCGGAUUUUAGUGUAGCUUACAUAGCUAGUAUCUCCGAUGCUAACUAAUUUUAAAAGUUACAACAUAUAUAAUAUAAUAUUAAUUAAUGUAGUAUUAACUAAAACUGUGCACUAACAAUUUGCGCUUAAAUUCACUAUAAUCUACAUUCUUUCUAAAGUGAUCAGGUAGAGAAUUCCAGUACUUAACAGAUGAAUAGCUAAAGGAAUUUAGACCAUAAUUAUGUGGUUGUAGACGGCUUAGGAAGUGAUAAAAUAUUAGUACCCCGUAGGGAGUAAGCACUAGAUCUUAACUUGAUCAGUUGUUUUAAAUAGCACGGAUAUUUAGCAAAAUGGAGACAUUUGAAUAUACAAAUCAUCAUAUUUUGUAUCCUCCUGUUGGCUAAACCACACACACCAGCCUUGUCUAGAAGAGCAUCCUAGUUCGAGUCCCAGUCCUUUAAAACAAAUCUUAAAAUACGUCUAUUUAAGGUGUCCAGUUUGACAGAAUCUUCUGAAUUACAAAAGUGCCAUAUCAUUGAACAGUAGUGAAAAUGGGGUAAGAUAAACGCUUUAUAAAGGCGAAGCAUAAUUUCGGAAGAGAUAAGUUUGCCAAAUCUUUUGAAGACACUGAACUGAUUAUUUAUUUUUUUGCAUACAGAGGAUAUGUGAUCCUUGAAAUUAAGUUCAUUGUCUAGAGAUAUUCCAAAAAGAUCCAGGCAUCUUGUGGUUAAAAAGGAGAAAGGGUAAUCGGUUUUGCCAAGAACCAUCCCUUGAUGUUUAGCAGGGUUUGCUUUCAUCCCAUUGUCUUCGAACCAUUUAUUUGCUAUUUGUACAUCAUGAUUGAUCCGCCGUUCCAAGGCCACUGGGUUUACAUCAGAUGAGUGCAGUUGGCACUCAUCUGAAUUAAUCAUUUUAUUUGUUUGAUGUCAUAUUAAACAGUAGCCUUAAUGCUAAAUUCAUUUGCUAUCAAAGUGCAUGCUGUGUGCACCUUUUCAAUUUUACACGUUCAGUUAAACUGAUAGAAAUUAAACAUAUUCCAUUAAUUUUUUACUUUGUAUUGGAAUGAAAAAUAUGCAAUGUUGCAAAUGUUUUUUUCUCGAAAAAGCAAAGUGACUUUCACGAUUAAAAAAGGCAAUGAAAAUGAAAGGUUACAACUACAUAUACAAGGCUGAUGAACAGUGGUUGCCAUUUAUUUUGUUAUUGACUAUUGUGUUACCAAUCAGUUGUGACAGUUCACUGAGCAAAGAAGAGUGAUGGUAUUGAAUAAUAUAAAAACAGAGUACGUUGUAUUUUAGGUGACAGGAGUUGUCACGGACCAUAACAAAGUUGUUAGAUAUGUCAUAUCUGGUACAUGGGAUAACAAGAUGGAUGGAUCUAAAGUUGUCUAUACAAGGUCCCCGCCCUCUGCAGUGAAACAACCUCCCUCCACCCCCCACAAGAGCCAGGCCCAGACUCUACCUCCAGUGUCACUGUGGAAGAAAAACCCAGCUGUGUAAGUAUGCCUAGGCUGCCUUUUUCACAUCACCAAAGGCUAGACAUUCUGCUUACAAAUCUGCAACAACUAUUACAUGAACCCUUAAGUUCUGUCUGACGAAAAUUACAUCAUCAAGCGCCGCGUCAAGGAGGCCAUUGCCAUCGAACAAAGAAAACUCCCUUUGAAUAGGGAUGGGGACUGGACCUCCCGGCCAUUUAGUACAAUCCUCUGCUGGGAAUACGUAUAGAUAGAGGAUAGAGAUUUUGCUCCUUCAACAUCUCUAGUGUUUUUAAGAACUUUCAGGUUUGUCAAACCUGUAUUAAAACGGUCACUAAGCAAUUCCCUAAGGGUGACCGCUUUAUUCAUGUUUCCCUUUAUUGGGUUCGUAGCAUGUGAAGGUCAACGUUUUACCUGAGUCUUCUUGAUCAUCAUAAAAAAUUCAUGUACAGUGUAUUAAUUACCUCCAACUCAAUUUCUUUUAGGCCAGGCUGCGAGAAAAUGUAUUACUUCACAGAGUUAACCCUUGCUCUUAAUCAGCCUGACAGCAGUGUUGCCCCAACCGACUCACGGAGGAGGCCUGACCAACGACUUAUGGAGAACUGCAAGUGGGAUGAAGCUAAUCAAGAAAAGCAAAAACUGGAAGAAUUGCAAAGAACGAGAAGACGAAAACGUGAAUUUGAAGCCUCUGAAGCAGAGAGAGAAGGGAAAGUUUAUGAAGGAUACAAGCCGGUGUGGUUUGAGAAUGUUGUGGACGAACUGAGUGAUUCGUCUAUACAUGUCUACAAAGGUGGCUACUGGGAGGCUAAAGAAAGAAAAGAUUGGAGCUUAUGCCCCGAGAUUUAUAGUUAGGAUCACUUUUUAUUGCUUCUUGAUUUAUUGCAAAGGUGACUUUUACAGUGUAUGCUGGAUCAAUUGAUUCACGUGUCAUCUGGUGAAGGAAACCUUUGGAAGAGCGUGACAGGUUCGAAGAUAUGGAGAUAUUGAGUAAAAAACCCGGAAAGCUUUUCCAUUGUGAAGAUUUUUUUUGGUUUAUUGUGUGAAUGCCAAAAAGCAGUUCACAAGCGAGUAGUAUUGCUAAGGCCAGCUGUCAACAGUGCUGACUUCUAUUUACGCCUGAGCCAUUCUAAAGGCAAUCAGUGAUUAUUUGGAAGGAUCAAGUGCUUGAGUAUUAUUUUAUUUGCUCAGAAGUAUGCUGUCAGAGGAGUGAAAGGUGGUGUUCUUUAAGACUUAUCUUCUCUUUGCUGAACUUAUGAAGCCUAUCAAUAUGAAAAGCUUUAAGUAGAAGUAAAACGCCAUAGUGAACUAUGAUCAUUGUGUAGUUCUAGGAAAUCCCCACAAUAUCCCCCAUGGAAGGUCACUCUGAGCCUGGAUGGAGGGGAGGGGAGGGGGGAGGGUCCUUGAUUCAAAAUACUUAAAUGAAGGGGUAAAAAAAGGAUUUACUGAUGGCGGGGGUAAGAGCAUAAACCACAAAAACUUCUUUGGGGGAGGUAUCUGUAGCUUUCAUGAACUAGGAACAUCGCACUCAAAAGGAAUUGAAACUUUGUUUGGGUGUUUUCUAGUU